UCAACAGAAAAUCACUGGCUUUGUUGUCAUAGCAGUAGGCUUGCCAGUUCCUAAUGAGUCAAGAGUGUGACAAGCUGUAUGAAAACGGUGGCCAUUGAUCUGGAAAAAUUUAGACUUGUGAUCUGAAGCUGCUACAAUGUCUCAAGAAGGAGAAACUGGAAUGCAAGAGAAUACUUCUAAUCCUGAUAAGAGAGGCAAGGCUCUCAACCAGGAGAGGGCUUCAAGAGGGAUUCCGACUCAUCGCACCCUAAAGCCACCGAACAGUAUACCAAAACCUGGUGCACAUACAGCUGCAGGGAAGCUGGGCUCCAAACCCACACUAGCAUCAAAAGAGAAUGACUCUGCACCAAGGGCGGCUCCCCGGGUGGGAGCGGCGGGCGGCCGUCCUCCAUCCUCCCACCCUGCCAGUGCCUCUGCAGCGGGCUCCAAACCGCGCACGGGCGGCGCGCGUGCCGCGGCGGCAGCCCAGUCGGCGCGCACAGCUCGGAAGCCGCUGUCUGCCAGCGAUCCGUCCGGGGCCGGCCGGCAGCCGGCGGCCCGCCCGCUGGUGAAGGCAGCCGCCGGGCCGCGCCAGGGCCGGCCGCGGCCGCGCGGCAUGGCCACUGUGGGGGGCGGCGCGCCGCUGUUCGCCACGCCGGGCGACACCAGCCAGCUGCACCCGGCCAUCAUCAAGGCGGCGAGACGGAGCGGCCAGCUGAACCUCUCCAGUCGCGAGCUGACCGAAGUGCCGCCGAAGGUGUGGCGCAUCAACGAGAUCGACAACGAGGAGGCCAAGCAGCUGACAAUGGAGAUGGACGGCGGCGGCGAGGAGCGCUGGUGGGACCAGAAGCCGCUGGCCAAGCUGCUGCUCUGCGGCAACCGGCUGACGGCGCUGUCGGACGAGCUCGGCCUGCUCACACACCUCACCACGCUGGACGUGCACGACAACGCGCUAACGUCGCUGCCGGAGUCGGUGGGCCAUCUGCAGUCGCUGACCCGGCUGGUGGUCAGCCACAACCAGCUGCGCCAGCUGCCCGGACAGCUGUUCGGCGUGACGACGCUGCGCCAGCUGCUGGCCGACCACAACCGGCUGGAGCAGCUGCCCGAACAGACCGGCGACUGCCUGGACCUCGAGCUACUGGAUGUGUCUCACAACUGUUUGACCUCGCUUCCUUCCGGACUGGGCUACCUUCACCGGCUGACGCGGCUGGCGGCCUCCGAUAACCGGCUGACCUCUCUGCCCGACGAGAUCGGCUCCAUGACCAGCGCCGGCCACCACGGUGGAGGUAUGCGCCACCUGGACCUGUCGCGCAACUCCCUGACGGCGCUGCCCGCCUCCAUGGGCCAGCUCUACCAGCUGGAGGUGCUCGACCUGCGCCAGAACCAGCUCACCGAGCUGCCCGAGCUCACCGACUGCCACGCGCUCAAAGAGCUCCACGUCGGCUUCAAUCAGAUCAAGGAAAUGAGCGUCGAGCUGGUCGAGAGCAUCAAGUCUGUGGUGACGCUGGACCUGUCCAACAACAAGCUGGAGGCGCUGCCGGACGAGAUCAGCUGCCUGCAGCGGCUGGAGCGGCUUGACCUACGCAACAACGACCUGGCCGUGCCGCCGCUGCGUCUCUGUCUGCUGCCGCUGCUGAAGUCAGUCCAGCUGGAGGGGAACGCGAUGCGCUCGGUGCGCCGUGACCUGCUGACGCGCAGCACACAGCAGCUGCUGCGCCACUUCAGGGAGCGUCUCCAGGGACAGGCGGCCGUCGAGGGACUGCUGAUCCCCGGUCUGAGUGACGCCGGCGGCGGAGGGCCCUGUGACGUGCCCGACAGCCAGGCGGCCGAGAGAGACCGGCUGCACGAGGUGCACAAGAUGAAGAGCAGCCGGCUGCUGUCACACAGCGGACAGAAGGCGACAGAGAUUCCGGGCGACCUGUUUGCCAUGGGUCAAGAGGCUGAGGUCACGACGGUCGACUUCAGCAAGAACAUAUUGACCAGCGUGCCGGCAGACAACCUGCUGCUGCUCAGCGGCCACCUGUCGGAGCUCAAUGUCAGCGGUAACCGGCUGACGGAGCUGCCCGAGGCGCUGGGCCAGUGCCGCCGCCUGACCUACCUGAACGCCAGCAGCAACCAGCUGGCCGGCCUGCCCGGCAGCCUGGCCACGCUGCAGCACCUGCGCGAGGUGGCUCUCUCGAUGAACAGGCUCACGGCCAUCCCGGAGGUGCUCUACUCGGUGCCUUCCCUGGAGAUCAUCCUGGCCAGCGACAACCAGAUCACCGAGAUCCAGGUGGAACCGCUCCGCAAGCUCACCCGGCUCGCCACGCUCGAUCUGCGCAACAACAGCAUCGCUCACGUGCCGGCCAAACUCGGAUACAUGGAGCAGCUCAGGUCUCUCGGUCUGGAGGGUAACCUGUUCAAGCAGCCUCGGCCGGCGAUCCUGGCCCAGGGCACCGCCUCCAUCCUGCAGUAUCUGAAGGACCGUGUGCCCAUGUCGGAACGCACCGAGUAAGCCACAGCCGCCGGCUGAGAAAUCUUCUGGAGAACGUGCUAGACAGUAGAUAUUACAUAAAGCUUCCGCGGGGCCAGUUUAUCAUUGAUCGGCUUCAAUACUCGCUAUUCAGGACCUAAUGCUGCGUGCACUUUGCAUAAUGAUAGUCAGUAACCAUGGUCCAUUAGUGGGGUUUUACUGUUUUACUCAUCUUUAUGACUACGGUUUUAUUUCGCGACACUGCUAUGAGAAUGCAAUAGGGCGAUGAUUAGGGCAAUGGGGUGAUAGGGCCAUUGAAGUGAUUUUGUUGGUUGUUUUUGUCCACUCGGGAGGUCACUGGGGAAGAUACGGUAGAUAAGCAUCGCAUCUGACCACAGCAUCGCUAGCAGUCGAGUGGUGCUGUUUGGCAGCUCAUAUGGCGCCGGCAGUGCUGACUGUGAUAUCUCCUCGGCUGAGCAUUAGUAGCGGUGACACGGCUAUGAUGUAGUGCUGCAGACGGUUUUGAUCACACUCCACUGAUCACAGUGCUCACUGCGGCUCAUGCCUGCUUGUGGCGUGGCGUGGUGUCUGUGUCCGCCGUGACACUUACCGGUGAUUGCUGAUCCUUCUACACCCGGUGACAGCCGGCUCAGACGUCCGUUCGUGCGGCCUGCGGCCUGUGUGCGUGUGUGGGAUGGCCAGUUCCAAUCAACUGACCGCGACCGGACACCAUCGUGCGAGGUCGGGUUUCACCAAUCAGUGUGGGGCAGGAGACGGCGUUUCCGUUCGGCAAUCCCGAGUUGUGACAGCUUGUGGCGAUGAUGCCAUGUGAUUCAUACCUGCUGAAUCAGGUUACCAGUCUGAACAGUUACUGGUUUGUGUGGAUUUGUGGGUGUUUUGUGGGCACAGACUUGUACUAUUGUGAGCUUUGGCAGCUUGGAGAUGCUUUUGGGAUAGUCCUUAAAGGGACCCUCCCACCUUCAAAAAAGUUAAUGAAUUGGCAUGAAAGUGAUGUCGCUCGGUUCAGAAAGAGCAAAAACGAAUAUCUACCAACUUUCAUCGAAAAAUAUUCACCGGUUUUCAAGAUAUUAGACUUUUACUUUUGUUUACUUUUUGGGAUCUCCGCUGUUCCUAGCGACUUUAUUUGAAAGUGCGGCAUUUGUUGCGCGCAAAGCAGCAUAUACCACCGCGUGCUACAAAACGUUUUAGUCAAACAUUUAACGGACGUUGGAAAGCCUGAUGACGUCAUCAGAUUCCCGUAAUGGUUAAGAGAUAGGGACCACGCUGGUCCCACCCUGCAAGUAAAGGGAAGAAAUUUCUUGAACACCAUAAAGCUGCGGGGGUUGCGACCAGGAUAAAUGGUGGUUUCUGAGCCUGGCCGCAAACUUGGCUAUCUCAACUCAAAACUAAUGUUAAGGUGGGAGGGUCCCUUUAAUUAUUAUUUCAUCAUUGUGAACCGUCAGUACUACAGACAGUCUAGACAGUAUAUUGGCCAGCGUUCUAUAAUGUUCCGCAAUUCCUUUGACAUCUGAAAUAAUUUCUCUGAAGACCAUCUUUUAUAUAUUUGACGUUGCAUAAUGUUGGCGUUUUACUGUACUUAAUCGAAAAAUAUAGCUAUUUUUAACCUUAGAUUAUUUUAUCUAGUUACUGUUAAAUAAAUUUGGAUUUAUUGAUCUGUGGCCAAUGCAUUUGUAAGAAAUUUUGUUCCUAUCGAGUAUACAUCGUUUUUUUCCGUGGCAGAUGGUCUCACCGCGUGAUAUAUGAAACAGCCAUGGAGCGACACUUUGCCAUAUCGUUAAUAGUUUAGUUGUACCUUCAGUUUGUAAUUCCUCUGUCAUGUCGGUUGAUGUCUGCCCUGUGAGAGUGUGCGAGCUGGUGUCUGCUCGUAAUUGAAUAACGGGACGUCAGAUGCAAGCUUCGUGAGACGACUCAAUGUGCACGUUUAAUCUGCAGUGCCUUGCAUCGCUUCCCUAAUGUGCAUCGACUGAAUACAUUGAGCCACUA